CGCUCUGAAUCCCUCGGCCGCCAGAGUCGGUCCCCAAGUGCAGUGCAGUCGUGACUGACGGGCCAGAGUUCAGGGGUGGCCGCGCUGUGCCUCUCCCUGCCACUCCUUAGGCCUCCGCUCCGCGGAGUUGUGGAGACGCUUCAACCGAAGAGGAGCCGACAAGGCCCAAGGGAGCUGUAGUGACAGAACGGCCACCUGGGGGACAUGACGGCCGCAACCGGCCGCUAGCUAGCAGCUGCAGGACCGCUGGGAGGCCCCUAGGAGACGCGCACGCGCAGAAGCUGGGCCUCGAGGCCUCCGUAAACACCAAAGAGCGCCUGCGCAAACGGGGCGCCUCGGGAUGGCCGCGUGGGGGCGCCUGAGCAAAGACAACAGCAAUAAAUAGGAAAGUACCUGUCGGGUUAUCUUUCCGCUGUCUUUUCUCUUAAGGUUUGCAAAGCAUAGCCCAUCAUUGCCUCCUAGUUUGCUCCUUAGAGCGGUCGUUUUACCAGUGGGGCAACGGGUCAGAGGAAGUCACACAGCCAGAGUCCGAACAAAGUGAGAGGGACCGCCCCAAACGGUUCAGGGUUCUCUACCUUGACUUGCUGUGUGACCUUGGGUAGUUUUGUUCCCCUGAGGACCUAAGCCUUCUUAGUCGUAAGUGGAAACAGGUUGUUGGAAGGAUCAGAUGAAAUCCAGGAGUGAAACUAAAUUCCCGAGCAACCUAUAAAGGCAACAGAUUAUUAUAAUCGGGUGACUGCAGAUUGAGGAGCCUCUUCUGGAUUCUACAGAUUGUAAAACCGAGAGCCCCAAGAGGGGCAGGAGCUUGCCACGGGUCUCAGCAGUCUGUGAGCAAAGGCUAAAGCCCAUCCUUCCUGCCUCUGGGCCUGAGCCCUUCCUUGCACCCCAAGGAUGAGUGUCUUUGUUGGAUAAAGGCCUAAAAAGACGGACUGUACUCAGGGUUGGGGCGUCUCUACUCCCAGUCCUUCUCCCACCCAACCUGGGCCUCGUGGAGGAAGGUCCUGCUCUGUUGAGAUGACCACCAAAGGCAGGGAACUAAGGAGGAGCUGGAGAAUCGAGGAGCUGGAGAAUCGUGGAGAAAGAUCCUGAAGCUGAACAGACUCUGUUUCUCAGAGGAGCAGCCCAGCUCAGGGAGGGAGUCCAAGUGUGUGACGUGAGGAGUGAUAUCAAGGGGACAGACCUGAACGGAGAGAGGGGUCCCUGGAAGGUGGCGUCAGCAUCUGCAGCCGCGUCGACGUUGUCAGAGCCUCUGCGGAGCACCCAGGAGAGCUGGACGAGGACGAGGGCCCUGGGCCUCCCCAUGGAGAAGUCAGCUGCCUCAACAGAGCCCCAGGGGCCUCGGCCGGUCCUGGGCCGCGACAGCGUCCAGGUGCCCGACGACCAGGACUUCCGCAGCUUCCGGUCCGAAUGUGAGGCCGAGGCCGGUUGGAACCUGACCUACAGCAAGGCCGGCGUGUCUGUGUGGGUGCAGGCUAUGGAGAUGGAUCGCACCCUGCACAAGAUCAAGUGCCGGAUGGAGUGUCGCGAUGUGCCAGCGGAGACGCUCUACGACGUCCUCCACGACAUUGAAUACCGGAAGAAGUGGGACAGCAACGUCAUUGAGACUUUCGACAUUGCCCGCUUGACAGUCAACGCUGACGUGGGCUAUUACUCCUGGAGGUGUCCAAAGCCCCUGAAGAACCGUGACGUCAUCACCCUCCGCUCCUGGCUCCCCAUGGGCACUGAUUACAUCAUCAUGAACUACUCAGUCAAACAUCCUAAAUACCCGCCUCGGAAAGACUUGGUCCGAGCUGUGUCCAUCCAGACGGGCUACCUCAUCCAGAGCACGGGGCCCAAGAGCUGCGUCAUCACCUACCUGGCCCAGGUGGACCCCAAAGGCUCCUUACCCAAGUGGGUGGUGAAUAAAUCUUCUCAGUUCCUGGCUCCCAAGGCCAUGAAGAAGAUGUACAAGGCGUGCGUCAAGUACCCGGAGUGGAAGCAGAAGCAUCAGCCGCACUUCAAGCCAUGGCUGCACCCGGAGCAGAGCCCGUUGCCCAGCCUGGCGCUGUCGGAGUUGUCGGUGCAGCACGCGGACUCGCUGGAGAACAUCGACGAGAGCGCCGUGGCAGAGAGCCGAGAGGAGCGCGCGGGCGGCGCGGGCGGCGAGGGCAGUGAUGACGACACAUCGCUCACCUGAGCGGGGCACCACGGCAGGGACCGAGACACGACGGGGCGAAGCCCGGGGCGGCGGAUUCCUCCCGCGCUUUCUCCCCCCCCUCCCCCGCGCCUCCCGGGGACGCUGGGUUUGGGCCCAGGCUGGCGCUGCGGCCCGGCUGGACACGGCCCCAAUAAACGAUCCCACAGCCUCA